CGGCUUUAUCGUUAGAGGUCUCAAUAAAGAAUAACUAUUGCACCGUAGCCUAGCGAAAAAAACACAAGAGUAUAUAGUAUAGAUUAUACUACAAGCACCUUCUAAAAGACUAUAUUUCCUUUUAUAAUUUAUUUAUGAGUCUAUUAUUUUAAUCAAAUAAGAAUAUAUUUUAAGUUGAAAGAGUAUUUAUCUUUUUUCAAAUAAUAAUAUAUUCCUGGAUGCAAGCAAGGAAGUCAAGGUGGGUAAACGUAUAUUGUCAAGGCAAUUCUUCAAUGAUUAAACAAGGCACUAUAUUUGAAACAUUGAAUAGUUCAUCCAAACUACUAUAAAUAGUGGAAGCAAUAGUAUCAAUAGCAACAUAAUUGCGAGAUCCUUGAUAGAAACCCUUACCCUUAACUACAAUCAUUCUUCAUAGAAACUAUGGCAGAUACUACCAAGAAAGUUGUAGACGAUGAGAAGCCAAAAAUCAACUAUAGAGGCAUCAAAGCCAUGCCUUUUAUCAUAGGAAAUGAAACAUUUGAGAAGCUAGGAGCAAUUGGAACAUUAUCAAAUCUGUUAGUGUACUUAACAACGGUGUUUAACAUGAAGACAAUAACAGCAACAACAUUGAUCACAGUGUUUAAUGGAACAACAAAUUUUGCUACUCUUUUAGGAGCUUUUAUGUCCGACACUUACUUUGGCCGUUAUACUACCUUGGGAUUUGCCUCUAUUGCCUCCUUUUUGGGAUUGCUAAUGAUAGACCUAACAUCAGUAAUAAAGAAACUUCACCCUCUCCCUUGUGGGGAUGAAGAAAGAGGCUGCAAUGGACCUUCAACAGGACAGAUGAGUUUCCUGCUAUUGGGGUUAGGACUAAUGAUAGUCGGUGCAGCGGGUAUACGACCGUGUAACUUGGCCUUCGGGGCUGAUCAGUUUAACCCAAAUACAGAAUCAGGAAAAAGAGGGAUCAACAGUUUCUUUAAUUGGUACUUCUUCACUUACACUUUUGCACAAAUUGUGUCUCUGACACUCAUAGUUUAUGUGCAAUCCAAUGUGAGUUGGAGCAUCGGGUUAGCGAUUCCGGCUGCUCUUAUGAUGCUUUCUUGUGUACUGUUUUUCAUGGGUACUAAGAUUUAUGUGAGGGUUAAGCCCCAAGGUGGCCCCUUAUUGAGUUUGGUUCAGGUGAUAGUUGCUGCACUUAGAAAAUGUAAACUGAAGCAACCAGAUUCUCAGUUGGGUUCUUUGCUCACUUAUUUACCUCCUAAUUCUGCCAAUUCAAAAUUGCCUCACACUAAUCAGUUCAGAUGUCUGGAUAAAGCUGCAAUUAUAGCUGCUGAUGACCAAAUCAAACCAGAUGGAUCAGCAGUAAAUCCCUGGAAACUCUGCUCUAUACAGCAGGUAGAAGAAGUUAAGUGCAUACUAAGAGUUUUACCAAUAUGGGUAUCAGGCAUAAUAUAUCAUGUUCCUGUAGUACAAAUGCACACAUAUGUCAUUUUCCAAGCACUUCAAUCUAAUAGACACCUUGGGAAAUCGAAAUUUGAAAUUCCAGCUGCAUCCUACAUUGUUUUCAUGAUGAUUAGCCUAACCCUUUGGAUUCCAAUCUAUGAUCGGAUAUUAGUCCCGUUCCUCGAGAAACUUAGAGGAAAAGAAGGCGGGAUCACAUUACUCCAAAGGAUGGGAAUCGGGUUAGUAUUCUCGAUACUGACCAUGUUGGCUGCAGGGUUAGUAGAAAGUCGUAGGAGAGAUCUAGCACUUACAAAACCAACACUAGGGAUUUUGGCAAGAAGAGGAGAAAUCUCUUCUAUGUCGAGUUUCUGGCUCGUAUUUCCUCUAGGUUUAGCAGGACUCGGUGAGGCAUUUAUGGCGAUAGGUCAAGUCGAGUUUUACUACAAGCAGUUUCCCGAGAACAUGAGGAGCAUUGCUGGAUCUAUUUUCUUUUUAGGCAUCGGAAUGUCGAGCUAUGUGAGCAGCUUUUUGAUCUCUAUAGUUCAUAAGACGACAAAGAAAGCAACAUCAGGCGAUUGGUUAGCCGAGGAUCUUAACAAAGGUAGAUUGGAUAAUUUCUACUACUUGAUAGCUGUGUUAUGUAGCAUUAAUUUUGUAUAUUUCCUUUGUUGUGCUAAAUGGUACAAGUAUAAAGGUAGUAGUGACAAUGCUAAGAAAAUAGACAUAGAUCCUGUAGGGUGUCUGGAACUUGCUGAGCCUGACAAGGGAAUUGUGUAAUUUUUAGCAUCUGAAUAUCAGGAAGCUCAACUUUCUGGUUUAAUAUAUAUGGAAAGAUAUUGUUUUUGGUUAAUGAGUUUAAGCAUAAGUGAAGUACUUACAUGAAUCUAUUGGUAUGAUCUAUUGACUAUUGUAUUUCCUAAAGAUGCAAGCAUGGUAAUAUAAGCAUAUGUUUUGUGAUGGUUUCGGAAUAUGCUAAGACAGAGUGUUAGUGAACCACGAAUGAAGAUGAAUGUUGAAAUUUGGAGGAUUUCAAAAGAGGGAGAAAAGGGCGAAAGUGGAAAUGCAUAUUACAUUUAUAGGUUGAGAUGGUAAAAAAUCAAAUUAAUGGAAAAGAAGAAUCUAUGUGGACGAUCACUAAAAGUCCGAAACUGAUCAAUUGGUGCAUGUAGCCAACUUCAAUUUUUUUGGAUUUAGACUUCGAUAUUAUUGUUAUAUGUCAAAUAAGCAAAAAGCUACGAUAAGAUAUUUAAUUUAAGUUAGAGAUGAUGGUCCAUAACCCCACCUUUGAGACAAACAUAGUUCAUUAUCAUCAUAUUUAAUGUAUUCAAUUAUUGAAAACUAUGAUCGGGGUCUGAGAAGCGAAAGAAAGAAGACAACUCAUACCCACAGAGGUGAGUGCGGUCAAAGAGCCCCUUGAUUCAAAAAGGUCUUCAAAGAGAGAAAACCCUGCAACU